GCGUUUGAUUUGGGGCUCCGCGCUUAGAUGGCAGGGGCUGUUUCUGAAAGCAGGCGAAAUCCUUCUCAUUUCUCUAAUGUUGAACUCAAAUGUUGCACAUGAUGGAAAAGAUCGCAAAUACCCAUGCCCACUUUACUCAUUGGGGACUGAUAUCAGAAACAGCCUUCGGCGACAUAUAACGCGUAUGCAUUCUAACGUGGAUAUUGGUCCUGGAGCGAAAGGACAUCGCACUGAUAGUGAUUCGAAAAUAAUCUUGAAACACUUGCUGCUAAGGAAGAAGUUACACUAUUCAAUGUUAUACUGUUAAAGAUAUCUACGGUCGAAGAAGAGGCUGAAGAAUCUGUGAACUUUUAUGGGUGCGCUAUUUGCCAACUCCGGUUUUCGUACCGUGACGAACUCAAAUAUUACUAUGAACAUAUUCAUAAAGUCCUGCUUACGCCGGAUGUUGCUGAAAAAUUAUACCUUUUACAACAACAUGACAGCCAGUAUGCUUCAUUCGCUAUUAUUGGAGCGCAACUUGAAGAUGACAAAAAUGAUGAAAGACCAGUUACUCCAAUUCUUCAAAUUAUGCGAUAAUGAUGAGACUAUCAUUAAAAGAGUAUGUCUGCCGAGUGUUGCCUACUCCGACCUACGAGCAACUACACGUUUCUUGUGCUUCCCAACGUUAUACAGCUCACACGCCCAGACUUUAUUCGACCAUCAAAUGCUCUGAUUUUAGGAACAGACUGCGACAAAGAUGCAGUGAUUAAGGUUGUGGGGACAUUCUGGGCUGCGCUCAGACAUAAUUUACCAUCAACAACUCUGAUCUUACGAGCAGACUGCAAAAAGAUGCAGUGAUUAAGUUGGAAGGGACAUUGUGAACAACAGUAAGAAUUUCGAAGGACUUACGCUCUUAUUCAAAACGU